AGUCUCACGCAGCGUGCAGUCAGUUUGCAGGCCGACACCGUAGUGAGUGGACGUACGUCUACUGUCGCGGAACACUCUCUCUUGUUCUACUGUCUGCUCUCGUGUGGAUCGUGGGACGAUCUACAAGGAACUACAACACAGUAUACGUCGUUGCGCGCAGCCUACUGUCACCUGCGCCCAUAAAAUACAGUUCAAGUUCAACCGUGAUUCCGAGCGUAUUUAUUACAACGUUCGCGCUCUCAAGUGCUAUUCGUUUCAUUUUCCCCAUCGUGUGCCUUCUUUCUUUCCGCACGGAAAGAAAUACCGAUUUCGUAUCGGGGAAUAGACAAGGAGACUUCUGAUAUUUUCUGAUAUAUUGUACGUUUGGUGUGACGCGACACGUAAGAACCGUCUCUGCUCUCCGGUGGGAUUUGCUGGAUUUAUACCACCGGUGGACAGAGGGAGAACGGUUUCCGAUCGCGAGCCGCGAUAACAGGCGUUAUUAUGACGGUGACUCUCGUUACGUUGGUUCGACGAACGGGAUACCUCGCCGCGCUCGGCCAGUGACUAUCUCCGUGGCUCGCGGAUAAACUGUACUACGCUUGACCGUUUGCCAAUCGACGAGUGCGGCGCACCGUCUGCCUUCGUCAAUUCUCGACAAGCGGAGCAAAGUGGAUCGCUGUUCCGUCGUUCGUUCGUGUACGACAGAAUCUUUCAAAAUUGAUGUACUAAGAAGACAAAUUAUGGUGGCAGAAAUUGUCGCCCGCCAGAGUGGAUCGCCCAUCAAUGGUGAGACCGCGUGUUUGAACAGCAACAUGCCCGCCACCCACUCAAUGGCACACGCGGGUCAUGGUCAUGGUGCUCACGACGCCCAUGGCCCGUUACCCCCAUUGACGCAUCCAGGUCAUCAUGGUGCCCCGUUGAGCAUGCAACAGCAGCAACAACACCAGCACCAACCCCAACACCAGCCACCACCUCAACAGCAGCAACCACCACAGCACCACCAUCAUCACCAGCCUCAGCAGCAGCAGCCGCAACAGCAGCAGCAGCAGCCGCCGUCUCACCAUCACCACGACGCCCAACAGGUGACACACCCUGAAAAUUUCCCCCCGAACUUCGACAUCAGAAAAGAGCUAUUUUCCCAGCGCAAGCAACGGGAGUUCAUACCGGACAACAAGAAGGACGACAGCUACUGGGAUCGCAGGAGACGCAACAACGAGGCGGCCAAGCGGUCCCGUGAGAAGAGGCGUUUCAACGACAUGGUGCUUGAGCAGCGUGUCAUGGAGCUGAGCAAGGAGAACCACAUCCUAAAGACGCAGCUCGAGGCGAUACGGGACAAGUUUGGUAUUUGUGGCGAGUCUGUGAUCAGCACGGAGCACGUGCUGGCCGCGUUACCAGCUGAUCCACCUAUUAGCGUCAAGAGGGCGAAAAUACCAGCCUCUGCGGCUCUUCUGUACGCUAGAACGCCUAGUCCCGUGCACACCUCGGUGAUCCAUCAACCAGUCAGUGGAGCAAGAUCACCUAGGUCACCUGCACAGCUUUACGUGCCUGAAACAACGUCUUACCCUGAGACGGAGAGUUUCCAAUAUCCCUAUCCUCAUCCAGCGAUGCAUGUGGACACGACGAGCGCUCUGAACCUGUCUCGAGGUCGACGAGCUCAAUCUCCAUUCGAAUUAUCCUCUGGAAGCGGAGAUGAGGGUCCUCAAUUGGUGGUGAACCCAGCAGCUAACAACAGUCUACCUCAUAAACUGAGGCACAAGUCGCGUAUCGGUGAUAAGGAUGCGGCUAGCGCGCUUCUAGCGCUUCAGGGUAUCAAACAGGAGCCUGGACCAAGAGCGUCUCCACCUUGGGACAACGAAGGUUCCAGCGACGAACGUGAUUCUGGGAUUUCCUUGGGUGCAGAGUGGACUGGACCCAACGUAUCUGCCGUUCCUGAGAGCGAGAGGGAGGUGAAGUCGAGGCUUGACCGUCUUGCUUCCGAGGUGGCGUCCCUUCAGUCUAUACUACGUUUAGGCAAACCAACGGAGAGCAGUUUGGUCACGGGACAUUCUUUACCAGCAAACGCCACGGUCAGUGGGCCGUGAAAGAGUAACUGGGUCCUCCUGGUGACUCUCUUCG